AUGAUAGCAUUUAUUGCAGGAAACUUUGCCAAUGGCUUCAUAGCUCUGGUGAACUGCAUUGACUGGAUCAAGAGACAAAGGUUCUCCUCAGUGGAUAGAAUUCUCACUGGUCUGGCGGUCUCCAGAAUUGGGCUGAUCUGGGUGACAUUAAUAAAUAGGUAUGCAACUGUGUUUUUUUCAACUUCCUAUAGUUUUGAAGUGAACAUUAUUGUUAAUAUUGCCUGGAUAACAUGCAACCAUCUUAGCACUUGGCUUGCUACUUGCCUCAACAUAUUUUAUUUGCUCAAGAUAGCCAAUUUCUCUAACCUUAUAUUUUUUUAUUUGAAGAGGAGAGUUAAAAGUGUCAUUCUAGCAAUACUGUUGGGGAGUUUGGUCUUUUGGGUUUUGAGUAUUGCCAUGAUAAGCAUAGAUGAAGAUGUGUGGACAAAUGAAUAUGAAGGGAACGCCACUUGGAUGAGCACACCGGAGGAAGUAAAACGCUUUUCGCACAUGACUGUUGCCACAGUGGAGAACUUUAUACCCUUCCUUAUGUCCCUGACAUCUUUUCUGCUGUUGAUCUUUUCUUUGUGGAAACAUCUCAAGAGGAUGCAGCUCAGAGGCAAAGGGUCCCCAGACCCCAGCACCGAGGUCCACAUCAGAGCCAUGCAGACCAUGGUCUCCUUUCUCCUGCUAUUUGCCAUUUUCAUCCUGGCUCUCACCAUCUCUCUUUGGAGCUCAAACGGGCUCCAAAACAAACUAUCCCUAGUGUUUUGUGAGAGUCUUUUAGUCCUGUAUCCUUCAGGCCACUCAUGUAUCUUGAUUUGGGGAAACAAGAAGCUAAAGCAGGCCUGGGUGUCAUUUUUGAGGCAGCUGAGGUACAAGUGGGUGGCAGCUCCAGUGUCAUCUUGCAGAAAACAAACUGGUGGAGUCUAA